AUGCACUCCUCGGACGAAGACGAGGUGCCCUGUGUGGACUUCGACGACGACGGAGAUUAUUUUUCAGGGCAACCUCAGUCUCCCACAACACCCAAAUCUCCCCCCAAAACUCUAAAGACCCGGCGACGAAAACGAGACCGGUCUGUAUCGUCAUCCAAAGGGCCGACACCGGGGCCACCAACGCCUGAAAAGACUCAGACCAGCAGUACAUCCGUCCCCCCGAUUUUCCAGCUUCUGGGCUCCAUCACCGGCCGAGCUUCAGACCUCUACAACUCAUGGACACGACCUGCACCUGCAGCACAGAGCCAGCCACCCAGGAGGGGUAGUGCUGCAACCAACUCAAGUUACGUGACAGCUUUCAACAGCAACAACUCGCCCCUAAUGAGAGAUAUUAUGAUGUCGCCAGAACUACAGCCAUUGCCAUCGCUGCUCAGCGUGCCGGUCAAUGCUCCUCCUACUCCCCCUGGAGAAGACUACUUGAAACCAAAGGCUCAAACUCAGACACAGGCACAACCACACACAACACAAAAGGCUUCUCCUACGCCAGCAACAAAACGCCUCUCGCUUCCCAAUGUGACAAACAUUCGACAGCAAGCCUUGCAACAAGCGACACACUACUCCAACACAUUCCUGUCGUCGCCUCUGCUGCUUGCGGGUGCUGCUGUUGUUGUGGGUCUCGCCAUCACCGUUGGUAGACCGCUGCUGGAGAUUUACAUCCACAAGGGCAUCCACUACUUCUUCAACUUCAUCUUCUACGCCACAGUAACCGCAGCCGUGGUCACCUGUGCUGCUAUUGCAUGGAUGCUCAUCAGUGGUAAGCUGAAAAAGACCAACGUUGAUAUUGAUCCAACCCAAACCAAAACAUCGACAGGGUCUUCACAUGAAACAAACCCCACAACUACGCCUUUUACAGACACAACCCCCACGGCUGACCUCUCCCGUCGCUCGUCAAAACGACGCUCACGACGAGCCUCUGCCGCCACCACCUCUGCAUCUGCCCCUCCCCCUCCUAUGAUGUACCCUCCCUACGGCUACCCACCACAACAGCAAUGGGACGAGUACAACCAUCCCGGGCAUCCUCCCAUGAACAUGUACAUGCCUCCCAGUCCUAUGUACCAACCGCAGCUGUUUCACCCGGUGCCUAUGCGGCCGUUUGAGCCUCCGCAGUCCACCCCUGCAGCUCCACCCGUGACGCCCCAAACCUCUGCAUUUUCGCUGCCCCCCACACCGGGUCACGCCCGCACUGAGUCAGGCAACGUGGCUCCUAUUCCCGAGAUUCUGCAGCAGCCCAAAAAGAAACCUGUCUACCGGGUCGUGCAGCGCAAAAUUGAGCGGGAUCCGGUGCGAGAGGCGAGACCGCCUCUACGAACACGGGAGCUUCCUCCUGUGCCCCGAGAGCCACCCCAGGUUCCGAAGCAUCAGGGUCUGCCUGCGGUGUUCACGCGGUUUGAGGAUGAGAACUCCAUGGUCAACUACGCCUCUCCUAUUUCGGAGGUGGAUUUGAAGGUCGGAGACCAUUCUUUUAAGCCGUAUGGCUCGCCUCCCAGGAGGUAUCAUGGCAUGAACGUUUGA